AAUAUAAUCGCUUUUGAAUUUUCGUUUUAUUUUUGCAUUUGAAAAUAAAAUUAUAAUAAAGUUAUUGUUACAGCGAUGUUGUUAGGGGUGUACCUUUUGUUAAGUAUUCAAUUUUUAGUUAUAAAAUGUUCUAUUCAUAGCAGCUCUGAUGAAUUGGUUGUUCGGAGGGUUGAUCAGAAAUUGAUCGAAAAAAGACGUGAAAACACGCGGGAAAUGUGUAAGAUCUUCAACUCGAAAAAUUUGAAGGCCAUGGAGCCAGGAGACGGUCUACCUUUCACCAGUUUCGACCAAAACGAACUACAACAAAAAGAGAAAGGCAAUGGAAAAGAGAGGGAGAAAGCUAAAGAAAAGGCUCAGAUUGGUACCAGGAGCAAAAGAGACACUAAAUCUGUAAACCCAGCUCUCACAGUAAAAGAUGAAGAAAGAGUAGAAAAGAUAGUUGAUAAAAUAUACGACGAUUUACUUGAAAAGGGACAUAAAAUACCGUAUAAGCACAAAGAAUUGCCAACAGUAGAUGAGAAAGGCAAAAUGAAGGCCACUAAUAUAACUGGAAGAAGAUUUCCAUUCGCACCUCUCACAAUGGAAGGGCCAAUCACAGAUGAAGUUAAACCAAAUACGUCGAUUAUUGAAACAAAAACCCCUCGUUUCCACCAUGCCAUCGUCCCGUUCUUCAUUGAUUCCAGGACUUAUGAUGCUCACCUAUCUGAAAAAAUACUUGAAGCAUUUGAUUACUUUGAAAAGGCGACUUGUGUCCGUCUGCAACGCCUUCGAGAAAGGCCAACAGACCAGAGCUCGUUGCAAAACGUUGUAUGGCUGUACAUCACCAACCCAUCUGGUAUUAGACAGUGUGUACAUAGUAAUGAAAAGGCCGAGAUUAAAGGUGUACAGAUGAUCGUGUUCGGCUACGACUGCAUGAGUGUUGGUGACAUAUCACAUGAGAUCAUGCACAUACUGGGUUUCUCACACGAACACACCAGACCUGAUAGAGACCAAUACAUUACUAUAUUAUGGGACAAUGUAAAACCAGGUUACAGAAAGUUUUUUGAAAUAGAACAAACACACACACAUUUAGACAACUUGCCGUACGACUACGCAAGUGUCCUCCACUACCCUGCACGAGCAUUCUCUAGAAAUGGACAAGUCACUAUUUUAACCGACUCUAACAUCAAAAUCGGACAACGUGAAGGUCUCAGUGAAAUGGACGUUGAGAAAGUAGGCAUGCUGUACUCCAACGAGUGCGUGAAACGGAACAGAGAGUACCUAGUCAUGACAUGUCCCAGUGUUGUCAGGAGCCAACGAGCCCAACCUACUCCAGUAAGUCAGGAAGACAUUGAAGAAUACUUUGAAUACAGACUCUGGCCUUAUGGCAUCAUCAACUAUCAAUUUAAGGACAAAUUGGAAUUUUCCGGUGAAGAAAUAGAAAACAUUAACGCAGUGAUACGUCAUAUAGAAAAGGAAACGUGCAUAGAAUUCAGAGAUCUGAGUGAUAUGCAAUUUAGCGCAGAGACUGACUCUUCUGAGGAAAGCGCCGCCGCGGUAGAACAUGGCAACGAUGAUAAUGUUAAUCAAGAAACUGAUCUAGACGACGCCGGCGGAAAACCUGAACAAAGUGAUACCAACGAUAACAAAACAGAAAAAGAAAUACCCAACUCCUCGGAAAUAAAAGACGUGGACAAACAAACCAAUAAAAAUACAAAUAACGUGGAUAAUGACAAAAACAAACAUACAAUACAAAACUUCCUGGACACGAGUUCACAAGAUGGAGUCAAUCCAUAUGACAAAUUAAAUGAAAGUGAUGAUGAUGACAAAUAUAAACCGGUACCCUACUCCAAGGCUACAGAUGACGAAGACAAACCAUACAAUGCUUUAAAGAGGACGGAUAAUGCCGAAAACGGAAAGAUAAGCAAAGGCUUGAAUAUAAGAGACGGAUACAGACCACGCAAUAAUUUAAAUAAUAAUAUGAGAGAUCAGAAAAAGAAUUCUGAGCCUGGAAAAUUGUCUGUUGGAUCCAAAUUGAAGGGAAUUAUGCUCAAGGAAAUUAAAGCAAGUAAUAGCAGUGCAACUAAGAAGAAUUCAAAGAUCAGAAGGAGGCGUGGAGUUCCAUUGUCGCCUGCUAGAAGACACGCCAGCUUCCUGAUACAGUUCACCCGGUCUCCUCUCCCUGGGUGCCAAUGUCCUCAUGCAGGCAAACCUGAUGGAAAAUAUGUGGUAGUCAUAAACGCGGACUGCUUCAACUCAUUGAAUGACUUGCUGCACUUGUUUGUGCAUAUCCUGGGUCUGGAUCACCAGCACAAUAUGCAUGACAGGGACGACUACCUCCACAUCCUGUGGGACCAGUUAACUGAUGAUGUUAAAGAAGAGAUGAGUGUUAAGUUGAAACCAGCGGCCUCUGUCGGCUUCCCGUAUGACUACCAGAGCGUGAUGCAUUACCCCUGGCUGCAGAUCAAGGAUGGAAAAACUAACAUCAUGUAUCCCAUAUGGAACGAUGGCUGGGCUAUGGGCCAUUGGCAAGGACUAAGCUCAACAGAUGUACAAAAACUAAAUCUUCUCUACUUCAAACAGUGUGUGCAAAGGAGGGAACACGCGAACGAAUUACUCCGAAAGAAGAAAAUAAAUAAGUAAAUAAAACUGUUUUGGGAAUAAA